AUGCAAUUAGCUCAUAGUAACGAACAAGUAAUAAGUGAUGCUAAACAAAAAUUAAGCAAUGAGCAAGAAAUGAGUGAUAUGGAGCAAGAAAUAAGUGAUGCUAAAAAAGAAUUAAGCAAUGAGCAAGAAAUGAGUGAUGUGAAACAAAAAAUAAGUGAUGUAGAACAAGAAAUGAAUGAUUUAGAACAAAAAUUAAACAAUUAA